UCUACCGAAGAUCACCCAUCUGAUGAUUUAAAUCAUUCGAAUUUAUUUAUUCGUAUGGAGAAUUUGGCAUUGUACAUUGAUAUGAUGAGCACAAAAUCGGAUGAAAGUUCAAUUAUAUUCAUUGAAAAUGAUAUUGAAGGGCCCACCGAAGAUGAGAUACUCGAAUACAUACGAAAUCAAAAUGAAGCUGAAAUAAGAUGUAUCAUUGAAUCUCAUAGAGCAAACUGGAUUCCAUAUCAAUCUGAAAAAAGUCAAAAUUCAAAUCUAUUUGACACUGAUGAUCGCACAAUAUCUUCGAUAGAACGAAUUUGAAACACCGCAACCAACACACACACACACAAGUCAAAUAUGCAUACCACGUUAUGGUUUGCAUGUACAUGUACAAAUCCGAAUAAGGAUCUCGACACAUACCAGUGGAUUUGCGGCAACGUUUUUUUUCUUCUUGACGUGGCUUCAAAUACAAAAAAAAUUUCUCGGUGUGUCAUAUACAAAUACUGUUAAACGUUAAAAUGUAGACAAUCAUAUAGCUCAUUUUACGCUGAAAUAUACUUAUCUGUCGUGUGCAGAGAGAAAUAUUCGUCACUUAUUAUGGAAGCGAACACAUCAAAGUGUCAAAGAUUAUCACCACUCAUACAAGUCAAGCAAAUGUUCUCGUUCCAUAUUAUAACUAAAUAAAUGUAAGCUAAUACAAACAUGACGAAAGUAAUCUCAUUAUUUCUUCAUAUUUGUUUUUGCUUUUGCUGUUUUUAGUUAAACAGCACAUUAUUCGAUUGAAGAGAAUCAAAAUUUGAAAAUCAUUUGUCAAAAUGACGAUAUCAUUAAAAUUGUGUUUUGGAUUUUUUGUGAUAUUUGCAUUGCAUUGGCAGUGCAUCGAUUGUCGUGGCCGUGGUGCAACACGAGGCCGAGUCUCAACACCGUACAAAACAAAAGUGACAAAUUCGAACGGUGGCAGUAGCAGUAGCAGUGGAAGUUGGUUUAGUAAUUUGUUUAAAGGUCGUAGUAGCAGUGCCAGCAAAACCAAUGCAAUAUCGACAGCCAAUGCAAAAAGUGCUGCAAGUUUCAAAGGUAUACAGUCACCUAGUCACAUCGGUUUCGCUGCGUAUGGUAAUAAUUAUGAGUCAAACUUUCACCAUAAACGACCGGAUCACAAUCAAUUUCGACCGAUGUCGCAUCCAUAUCAAAGCCAUUUUCAUCCCCAAACAGCUGUAUUGGCAUAUCAUUUUAUGCCUAGCCCACACGUUCAUCACAUACACCACUAUGUCGGCGGCAACCCCACUACCACCACUCCUCCUGAUCACGAAUCAAUUUUUUAUGAUUACCGUAGCUCACCAUCAUCGUCAGAAACGCGAAUGAAGGAACCGAUUAUGUAUGACUACAAGCCACCAUUAAAAAAUGAAACGUCAUCAGAAGAAGAUGAACCGAUUGUCGUACCAAAUCCCAAUGAUGUUUUCAUAGCUGGCGUUGAAAAUAUGCUCUUUUACGGUGAUAUGAAAGAAAAUCAACAUCAAGUUGUUUUCGUUGCACAAGGCAGUGACGGCAUGACAUUUGAGGAUAAAAUACUUUCACAGCUCAACCGAUUUGAGUCCGUUGACAACCAUGAAGAAUUCUAUUUUCCAGAUGUAGAAUUUCGAUUUGAUGGUGAUUCAGAACCGAGCAAUGAAGAUUUGGCAGAUAUUUUGCAAAUGUAUAAAAAAUUAGUUGAUGAUGGUCGAUGUUAGAGAUUUUGAGAAAAAAAAAAUACACAAAUGUAAAUAAAGAUAAUUACGACUUUCAAUUAUCGUGUAGAAAGUAACAAAAUAUGAAAUUUACUAUUAAAACAA